AUGAAUAGACAAGCCUGCCAGAAAUCCUUCAGUGGAGGGAGCCAGGGCUUCUCCGGCCGCUCUGCUGUGGUCUCCGGCAGUAGCAGGAUGAGCUGUGUGGCCCGCACCAGGGGAGCUGGUGGAGGGGCCUGCGGUGCCCGGGGUGGAGCUGGUGGCUUCGGCAGUCACAGCCUCUACAACCUGGGUGGCUCCAAGAGCAUCUCCAUGAGCGUGGCUGGUGGCUCCCGGGCUGGUGGCUUUGGGGGAGGACGUAGCAGCUGUGGUGGCGGCUUUGGAGGUGGCUUUGGUGGUGGCAGAGGAAUGGGAGGUGGCUUUGGAGGGGCUGGUGGUUUAGGAGGGGCUGGUGGCUUUGGAGGGGCUGGUGGUUUUGGUGGAGGUGGCUUUGGUGGCCCCGGUGGCUUUGGUGGCCCUGGUGGCCCUGGUGGCUUUGGUGGCCCUGGUGGUCCUGGUGGCUUUGGCCCUGGUGGCUUCCCUGGAGGAAUCCAGGAAGUGACAGUCAAUCAGAGCCUCCUGCAGCCCCUCAACAUGGAGAUUGACCCCCAGAUUGGACAAGUAAAGACCCAGGAGCGGGAGCAGAUCAAGGCCCUCAACAACAAGUUCGCUUCCUUCAUUGACAAGGUGCGGUUCCUGGAGCAGCAGAACCAGGUCCUGGAGACCAAGUGGCGGCUCCUGCAGCAGCAGAACUCACAUUCCUCCACAGGCACCAACAACCUGGAGCCUUUCUUUGAGUCCUACAUCAGCUUCCUGCACAAGCACUUGGAUUCAAUUGUGGCAGAGAGAGGGAAUCUGGAGGGAGAGCUGAAGAAUAUGCAGGACAUGGUGGAAGACUUCAAAAAGAAGUAUGAAGAUGAGAUCAACAAGCGCACUGCAGCAGAGAACGAGUUUGUGGGGAUCAAGAAGGACGUGGAUGCAGCCUACAUGAACAAGGUGGAGCUGCAGGCCAAGGUGGACAGCCUGACAGAUGAGCUCAACUUCCUGAGGACACUCUAUGAGAUGGAGCUGUCCCAGAUGCAAAGCCACGUCAGCGACACAUCCGUGGUGCUGUCCAUGGACAACAACCGCUGCCUGGAUCUGGACAGCAUCAUCGCUGAGGUCCGGGCGCAGUACGAGGAGAUCGCCGAGAGGAGCAAGGCCGAGGCUGAGGCGCUGUACCAGAGCAAGCUUGGGGAGCUGCAGAGCACAGCUGGCAGCUAUGGGGAUGACCUGAAGAGCACCAAGACCGAGAUCAUGGAGCUCAACAGGAUGAUCCAGAGGCUGCGGGCCGAGAUCGAGAACGUCAAGAAGCAGAAUGCCAAAAUUCAGGGGUCCGUCGCAGACGCUGAGCAGCGUGGGGAGAUGGCCCUCAAGGACGCCAAUGCCAAGCUCCAAGAGCUUCAGGCUGUCCUGCAGAAGACCAAGGAUGACCUGGCCCGGCUGCUGCGGGACUACCAGGAGCUGAUGAACGUGAAGCUGGCCCUGGACGUGGAGAUCGCCACCUACAGGAAGCUGCUGGAGGGCGAGGAGUGCAGGAUGUCUGGAGAGUGUCAAAGCGCCGUGAGCAUCUCUGUGGUCAGCAACGUCAGCAGCACCAGCAGCACCUCUGGUGGAAGCCAUGGAGGCUUCGGAGGGGUCGGCGGUGGCAGAGGUGGCUAUGGAGGAGUCAGCGGAGGCAGCAGCAGUGGCAGAGGCAGCAGUGGUGGCUACGGAGGGGUCAGCGGAGGCAGCAGCAGUGGCAGAGGCGGCAGUGGUGGCUACGGAGGGGUCAGCAGAGGCAGCAGCAGUGGUGGCUGUGGAGGGGUCAGCGGUGGCAGCAGCAGCAGCAGAGGCGGCAGCAGUGGCAGCAGCUCGGUGGGCCAGAGCGGCCUGGGCGCCUGCUCCGGCGGCAUGCAGUCCUCGGGAAGCAGCGGCUACAAGUCAGCAAGUGGCAGCAGCAGUGUCCGCUACUCCCAGACCACCAGCUCCAGCCAGCACUGCUCCAAGUGA